AUGACUGAAUCUUUAUUUGAUACCAAAUUUACAUCUGAGCCAUCAGCGGGCAAUACAGCAGGUAUUUCAUCUGAAGAAAGCCCUAUCAAUAGUACCGGAGUAUCAACAAAUACCAACAAUACCAACGAGAAUGCCAAUGGGGAAACAAACACGUUACCAUCGAUUAAUGACAAUUCUAAUUCAGCUGCAUUGAUAAAUUACAGGGUUUUAGUUUCAGCCAAAGAAAGUGGAUGCUUGAUUGGACAAAAUGGGGCAGUAAUUGACUCAAUUAGAGAAGAGACAAAUACAAAGGCUGGAAUUUCCAAGUUGCAACCAGGGUCUCAUGAAAGAAUCCUUACUGUCAGUGGUACCUUGGACGAUUGUGCCAAAGCAUUGAGUUAUUUUGCCCAAGCAUUAUGUAAUGCAAACAUUGAAAACUUGGUUAACUAUAGCUACUUUCCAUUGAAACAAUUAUCUCUGAAUCCAUGUGUUGAAGGUGAAACUACCAUUUUAAGAUUGUUAAUCCCAAAUGCUCAAAUGGGAACGUUGAUUGGAUCUAAAGGAGCCAGAAUUCAACAAAUUCAAGCCAAUUACAACAUUUCUAUGAUCGCUUCCAAAUCCUUUUUACCAGGAUCAAACGAAAGAUUGGUCGAAUUGCAGGGUACUGUCGACAAUUUGUAUGACUCUUUGAGAAUUAUCUCCAGAUGUCUUAUCGAGGACUUUUCAUCCAUAGUAGGUACCAGUUAUUAUGUACCAAAAGCUUCCAACUAUGCUAGAAAUUAUAGCCAAACCAACAAGAGAGUGAACAAUCAAAAUGCUGUUACCACUUCUAUUUCAUUUGCAAAUGAUAUGGUCGGUGCAUUAAUUGGUAAAAACGGGUCAAGGAUCCAAGGUGUUCGUAAGGUUAGCGGUGCUACUAUUGGAAUUUCUGAUGAAGUUGAAGGCAAGCCUGAGCGUAUAUUCACUAUAUCGGGUACCACUCAUGCUGUUGAAAAAGCAAAAAGUUUAUUGUAUCAUAAUUUAGAAAGAGAAGAGCAAAGAAGAGCUGAGUCUGAAUCUAAAUAA